GGAGAGCUCUGCCCGUACGCAUGCUUUGCGGUAAAAAAAAAAAUUGUGGUUUGGUUAACGAUAUCGUAAACGUUUUUUGGUGCAUAAUAUGAUUUUAACAAUUAAUUCAGAAGAUGGAUAAAAUUAAAAUGAAAGAGGAACAAUAUAGGGAGGAUAAUAAACAAUUAUUAGAUCGGAACGAGAAUAUACCAGAAAAAAAUAACGAAAAGGAAAACGUCACGAAAGUAUACAAGUAUAAAGGAAUACUGACAAGAAAUGACACAAAUACGAAUAUAUUUUUUCUGAUAUGUAUAAUAGGUAUAUCUUCAGCGAUACUAUUAGAGAUAAUAAACGUACAAAAUAGAAAGGAAAAUAUUUACAAAGAUUAUGAAACGAACAGAAGGCGAUAUUGGGUGUAUUCUGCCUAUAAUGAUGUAGAAAAUAAAAAUGGAUUACUGAAACACGUUCAUUUAGUUCUAGAGAGAAUUGGUUAUGAGAAAGCUAGCAAUAAAACUCCUUGGUCACUACUAUGGUCUCACGAUUACCCUUUCAGAGUUCUAUAUCCAAAUUUGCACAGAUUAAAAUCAAAUCAGAAAGUCAAUCAUUUUCCGGGAACGGGAUUCAUAACAAACAAGGUUGAUUUAGCGACAUCGGCUUCCAAAUUUAUUCCAAAAGCGUUCAAGAUACCAAAAAAUACCAAAGAGUUUUUAAGAUACGCGAGUGAAAAUAGGAAUGCAGUGUUUUUGGAAAAGCACAAUCAACAUCGAGGUGUAUAUUUAAAGAACGUGACUGCAAUUGAUUUGUUGAGUGGUGAAAGUUUCGUUCAGGAGUACAUACAAAAACCUUUCUUGGUGGACGGACACAAGUUCGACAUUGGCGUUUAUGUGGUACUAACUUCUGUUGAUCCUUUGAGAGUGUAUUGGUACAAAGGGGAUGUACUGUUCAGAUACUGUCCGGCAAAAUAUUACCCCUUCGAUCCAAAAAACCUUGACAAGUACGUGAUUGGAGAUGAUUAUCUACCUACAUGGGAGGUGCCGUCCUUAGCACAUCCGUACACUGCUCUGGGAUUCAGUAUGAAGGAAGCUUUCGACCAUUAUGCCAUGUCUAAGGGUAAGAACGUAACAAGAAUGUGGGAGGAGGUACAAGAAGCUAUAACAGAAGUGUUUUUGAAAAAGGAACACUAUAUUAUUGAGGCAUUGAAAAACUACCCGUCAAAAGACAACUUUUUCGAAAUGAUGCGUUUCGAUCUCGUUUUAGACGAAGAUUUUAAAGUGUAUCUGUUGGAAGCCAACAUGUCUCCUAAUUUAAGUUCAGCUCACUAUCCUCCGAACCAGCUUCUAUACGAACAAGUCCUGUACAACCUGUUUAGUCUUGUUGGAGUUGCAAAUUUUGUAAAUAAUAACAAUGCAGAGGCGAACAUGAUAUCAUCGCAAAAAAAUAUAGCAGUUUACAGCCACGAAUGCAGUACGAUAUGCAAGGACAAUUGCGAGGCGUCAGAUAUUUGCAGACUAUGUAAACCAUGCCUAGAACCUAAGCUAAAAACAAGUUUACUGAACGCUCACAGAGAAUACCUGCACAAAGGAGAUUUUAGAAGACUAUUCCCGCCUCCAACGAUGCCAAAUUCAAACAACUUCGAACAAAUGAAAAACACAAAUCGAAUGAACAAAUUACAGUAUUUAUGGUUUCAAGGAAAAUGCAAUAAUGACAUCACUUGGUGCUUGUAAACAAAACAAGUUUUUAUUUAUUUACCCAUUUAUUAAAGAUUUGAUACGAAAAAUAA